CGGCGCAUGCUCAGAUCUUAUUUUCAUCACGUGACCUGUCAUCUGACGAACGAGGAAAUGUAGCUAGAAAUAACCGAUAGCACGUUUUAGUCCCUCAAAAGACAACAAUGCAGCGUUUGUAUAACGGAAUACAUCAUUUAUUGAGACUGUUCUUGGUCUGUGUAUCUCUUCUCAUAAAUCAUGGAUUCGCCGGUAAAAUGAAGAUAGUCGAGGAGCCAAACACAUUUGGGUUGAACAAUCCUUUUCUGGCUCAGGGAAGCAGACUACAGCCUAAAGUGACCCCUUCUCCAGUGUCUGGCCCUGCACAUUUUCAUCGGCUUGUUGGGAAGUGCUUCAGUCUCACGGAGUCAACGUAUAAAUAUGAAUUAUGUCCAUUUCACAACAUCACCCAACAUGAACAGUCAUUUAGAUGGAAUGCCUACAGUGGGAUACUGGGGAUCUGGCAGGAGUGGGAAAUGGAAAACAACACUUUCACAGGCAUGUGGAUGAGAGACGGGGAUACUUGUGGAACGAGAAACAGGGAAACAAAGGUGAUUUUUGUUUGCAGUGCAAGCAGCAAGCUUUCUCAAGUCUCAGAGCCCAGUACUUGUGUGUACUCGCUAACCUUUGAGACACCACUUGUUUGCCACCCACAUUCGCUUUUAGUGUACCCGACACUGAGUGAGACGCUCCAAAAGGAAUGGGAUGAAGCUGAGCAGGGUCGCUAUGAAGGUCUUAUUACUGAGCAGGGAUACAAUAAUCUUUUGAAGGAUAUUUUUGAGGACGCUGGUCUCCUGAAGAGCCAAAAAGUGAAGAAGCCAGAAGUUACAGCUGAUUCAGAAACACACAACUCUUUACAGAAGUGUACAGAGGAUUUCCAAAAACAGAGAGAAGAGAUUGAGAGACUGCACGCUCUCCUCACUCAACACAACAUUCCCUUUGAUUCAAAGCAAAAUGAAGCUAAAGGAACAGUGGUUGCGACAGUUGAGGAUCAACACCCACGGGGAGAUAACGGUCUUAUUGAUCCAAACCAAGUCAACUCUCCAUUUAAAAGCACCUGAGUGGAUUUAUUUUGUUGAACAAUGCGAGCGACACAGACACUCGCUGGACGAUAUAGAAUAGCAACAGCAUGACGGGUUAAUUCAAACAAGCCGAGAAUAAUUUUACUCGUGGAUUUGUCAGUCGUGUUUAUGACUGACAACAUAUGUCAACAUAUUGAGAAAUAAAAACACUUUUAGUAAAAUUUUUAGGGGAAAAAAGUUGAAUGUAUCUCAUCAGGUUUACAAACUUCACAAGACACAAUGGAGUCCCUAAAAACUGUUACAGGUGAAGAUUUGUACUCUCUACUGUAUUUGGUUGGUGCACUGAAAAGCUGUAUGUCUUGCAGUGGGUAGGAGACACCAUGACGUCCAACACUGUUUAUACCUGAAGUGGAUGAAGUUAUUCUGAUCAGUGACUUCACAGAUUAUGGGCUUUGACACGCACAAACAUGUUUUGACUUUGCACAUUCCUGAAACCUUUUACUGCAGAAGUCUCUCAGCUCUCUGUUGCAUCUGUGGGGGAUUUGCAUCCGUCCUCGUCGGGCCAUAAUGGAGAAACUGGACUUAUUUACAUUUGGAGGUGGAAAAAAAAAAAAAAGUAACUACUGUAUAACUUGCAAUAAAAAAAUGACGUGUAAGAUUUCACACUGUAUAAAUAUUAUUCUGAUGACUGAUUACUACCAGGCAACAAUACACACACAAAGUAGGGAAGAAAAAGCAACCUGGACACAUUGAAAUAAAAAAAAAUUAGCAUUACUGGUAAUUUAAUCAAAACACAUCCCUUCCCUACAGGGCCACUCUGAAAGCUACAUUUCAAACAUGUUUAAUCCCAUCUGGAGACCAGGGUGAUCAUUCAGUCCACUGAUCAACAAACAUGUUUCAGUCUUUUUUCUGGUGGGCUUCACAUCAUUUUUUGAUGGUGGUGGGUUCAGGAGAGCAGCUGGAUGAUUUCUCUGGCUCUGUGCGCCCUCUGCUGGACAUCUCUGUCCUCUGGCGCUUGUCCUGACUCUUCAACCAGGACUAAGGCCUUCUUGACAGUGGUGUCUUUGGAACCUCCACGCAGCCCCUCCAGGUACUGGAGCAGUAUGGAGAACUUCUCAUCUGGAACCUGAGAGAGAGCGAGU